GAUAAAAAUGGCGGCGAGGGCACCAGGUUGGUGAAUGCUGCUCCCUGACAUUCAUUUCAUAUGUAGAACCUUAGGAUUGUUUUAUAACGCUACAACAGGAAAGUUCCUGGUGGGGAUCCGCAAGUGGUAUUAUGGUUUAUGCAGCUUCAACAAACUGGGUUUGAUGCGGGAUGACACGAUCUAUGAGGAUGCAGAUGUUAAAGAGGCUCUGAGGAGGCUCCCAGAGUCCGUUAACAAUGAGAGGACGUUCAGGAUCAAGAGAGCUCUGGAUCUCUCGAUGAAGCAGCAAAUCCUCCCCAAACACCAGUGGACAAAAUAUGAAGAGGAUGUCAAUUAUCUUUCACCGUAUCUGGAAGAGGUGAUCCGUGAGAGGAAAGAGAAAGAAGAGUGGAUGAAGAAAUAGAUGAUUCCUGUUAAUCCUCAUCUUUGGUCGGUUUAUGGUUGUCCCCUGGUGUUGUAUUUAAAAUGAAAUGUGAUCUAUAUAAGGCAGUGCUCAUUAAAAAAAUAUACAUUUUG